UCCAUUGUAAGAAACAAAAAAGGAAUACGUAAUUAGGUACAGCGUUGUCUCUCCAAAGCCCUCCUCCCCUCUUCACAAAACUCCUCGCUUCGGAGGGGGAUCGCCGCCACGCCACGCCGCCACCCUGCUCUCUGUCUCCUCCGAUCCGCGGAUCACCGCCACCGUACCUGGAUUCUCCGUCUCCUCUGAUUUUGACGAUUGCCCGCGCCAAUCGUACAGAUCCCGGGCGUAGCUCCGCCCUCUCUCCCCGAUCUUCACCCUCUCCUCCCACCGCACCUCAUUCCUUGAUCUCCACGUCUCUGCUGGGUUCCUCCGUCACUGCCACCGUUCUCCAGGGCUCCCUGGGGAUCCAUUCAAAGAUAGAUCGCCGAGGUACAAAGUUGUAUAUCACAAAGUUGCGGAUUGAUUCCUCAUAUUUAUUUGGUGUUGGCGACAAACCAGAGGCAAAUGAUAUUUAGUGACACUGCAGUACUUCAUCCACUGUCUGCUAAAACAAGUUCUAUUAUAUCACUCCUGAAAGGGAAGACAGCAUGCGGCUUUCCUUGUCUCUGCAAGAUCUAAAAUCAUUCUCUAAAUUAAAUUCAGGAGGGGUGGAUGACCUUGUAAAUGAUAGGAGUUAUGGACGUGCAAAACCUCUUCGUGCUCUUCAAAGGGAAGGUGCUGCAUCAAGCUUUUCGAAGGAGAAAUCCUCUCCGUCAACACCAACCAAACGGAAGAUAUGGGUACGAGCAACAAUAUUUGUCAUUACAGUUCUAUUAUUGUUCUCAUUGAUCUUACUAUUCUCAAGAUUCUUUCGUACUUAUUGGUCACGUGAGGCAUCUGAGUAUACUGUUGUACUCGAUUGUGGUAGUACUGGGACACGGGUUUAUGUGUACAAGUGGGCUGUUGAUCAAAAUGAAGGCACUAGAAAUUUUCCUAUUGCAUUAAGGUCUUUACCUGAAGGUCCUCAGAGAGCUCCUGCAACACAAAGUGGUCGUGCAUAUCAUCGUAUGGAAACGGAGCCUGGUUUUCAUAAACUUGUUCAUAACGAAUCUGGUUUAAGGGCUGCUUUGCAGCCACUGCUUCAGUGGGCUGAGACGCAAAUACCAAAACAUGCUCACAAAGGUACAUCUCUGUUUCUGUAUGCUACAGCAGGAGUUCGAAGGUUACCCAGUUCUGAUUCAGAGUGGCUGCUGGAGAAGGCAUGGACCAUUCUGAAGAAUUCAUCAUUUUUAUGCAGGAGAGACUGGGUUAAGAUUAUAUCUGGCAUGGAGGAAGCAUAUUAUGGGUGGAUAGCUCUUAACUAUCGUAUGGGUUUCCUGGGUUCUUUACCAGUUGGAAAAACAUAUGGUUCACUUGAUCUGGGUGGUUCAUCAUUGCAAGUUACUUUUGAAACAGAAACGCCCACACAAGAUGACACAGGCAUAGAAUUGAGAAUUGCAUCUGCUAGUCACCAUCUUAGUGCUUAUUCUUUAUCAGGAUAUGGAUUGAACGAUGCAUUUGACAAAUCUGUGGCUCAUCUUUUCAGAAAGAUCGUGGGUACGACAGAUAAUAUUAAUAAUGACAAGUUACAGCUUAAACAUCCUUGCUUAAAUACUGGCUAUAGGGAGGAGUAUACAUGUUCUCGCUGUACUUCAGCUAGCUUAGAAGGAAGUCCUUUGAUUGGAGGGAAAACCAUGACCAAAGGUCUGACUGGAACAACUGUUGAACUGCUUGGUGCUCCUGAAUGGGAUAAAUGCAGUGCACUUGCAAAAUUAACAGUUAAUCUGUCUGCAUGGUCUAACCUUAGUUCUGGAGUUGACUGUGAACUUAAACCUUGUGCUCUCAGUGAUGGUUUGCCUCAUCCACAUGGGAAAUUCUAUGCCAUGUCAGGUUUCUAUGUGGUUUUUCGGUUUUUUAAUUUGUCUUCUGAGGCUUCACUUGAAGAUGUGCUAAAAAGGGGUCAGGUUUUUUGUGGAAAAACAUGGGAAGUUGCAAAGAAUAGUGUUGCUCCACAACCUUUCAUAGAACAAUAUUGCUUUAGAGCCCCUUAUGUUGCAUCCCUUUUGAGGGAUGGGUUGCACAUUAAAGAUAGCGAGGUUAUAAUUGGUUCUGGUAGUAUUACUUGGACCUUGGGGGUAGCCUUAUUGGAGGCUGGACAAACAUUGUCCAACAGAAUUCCACCACAGGGUUAUAAUAUAGUACAUGCGGACAUACAUCCGGCUAUUCCUCUAUUAUUGCUUUUGAUGUCAGUUGUAUUACUUUGUUGUGCACUAUCAUGUGCAAGCAACUGGAUUCCAAGAUUUUCCCGAAGAUCAUACCUCCCACUUUUCAAGCAUAACAGUGUCACAAACUCUGUUCUUAAUAUCCCUUCCCCUUUCAAAUUCCAGCGGUGGAGUCCUAUUAUUUCAGGUGAUGGAAGGAUAAAGACACCACUCAGUCCUACAAUUGGUGGUUCUGGGCAGCACCCAUUUAGCAUGCGACAUGAUUUGGGAGGCAGCAGCAUACAGCUUAGUGAAUCUUCUGUGCAUCCCUUGGUUGUUUCUCAUAGUUCUUCAUCUGGUAGUUUAGGCCAAAUGCAGUUUGGCAAUGGUGCGGGAACCUUCUGGCCACCUCACCGGGGUCAGGCAACACUUUCGAGCCGGAAAUCUCAGUCAAGAGAAGAUCUCGACUCUUCAUUGGCAGAAGCUCAUAUGGUGAAGAUUUGACCUAGAGGUUGCACUGCAGACCUGGUUGGAUGAGAUUCACAAACCACAAAUAUUUAUGAUGUGGUGUGUGACAGUCUGACUCACAACUCUUGGUGCAUCAGUUAGUGACUUUCAGAAUCUAUAUGAUAAUAUGAAGUUUAAUUAAGUUGCUGAACAUUGCUCUGUUUGUCAACUGCCAAUUUUUCCCGGCAAACAGAAGUAGACAAGGUUUUGGCUAGCAGCUAAUGGAAAGAACUUUAUCACACUGCCGGCAAGAUGAAUUAAGAUUGCCCUACUCUCAUUUCAUUUCCUGUUGCAACCAUGUGAAGCCCCAUUGGCUUAGCAGUUAAACUAGUGAUACUGGAUACUAUGUGUCCAAGGAAUCUGUUAUAUAGAUCAUUAUAAUCAUUAAAGGAAUUCCAUGAUUUCUUUAAAUCUACCUUCGUUUCAAGCACGCCAUAGUCUACAAUUAUUUGUUGAUCUCAAAUAUACUAUAUAAAAAGAUGGUGCCAGUAUGCCUUCAGUUCUUGGGAAACUAUUUUUGGUUGUGCUCUUUUCAUUCUAGUUGAACUCUCAUGUUUGGAACGACAAGCUUUGAUGAAUUCCAUUUCGGAGGCUUUUUCUUCAAUGAGAGCAAUUAACUUUGCAAGAUGCUCCAAAUUGAACCUACCAUGGACCACAGCCUCAGCUUUCUUCUUCUCCAUUCCUCCUUGAGUUUGUUUGACAGAUCAUGUUCUACCAAACUACAUGUAUAGAAGGCAGUGGACACCAGCACAGUGUCCAAAGGAUCCUCUCAAGGAGUGUGACAGGCCACCAUCAACACACACACAAAGCUGGAUCUUUCUCUGCUGGACUUGGAAACCAACUUGUCCAAGACUGAUGACAAGUUAUUGAUUAGAUUAAUCGAUUGAUUGAAUGCUGUUAUCUUUUGCA